AUAUGUCAUCUUCCCAAGAAAUUAAUACUAAGCUUAAUGUUUUCAGAUUGAACUUGAAACAAGGAGAUAGCUCAUCUGCAGAAAAUGUUAUGGAACAAUUAGAUAAAAGUGCUGUAUCUAAAUUAUUGGAUUGUCGACUAGUUCAGGGUAUCAAGAGAAUUGAAAAUCUCGAAUCUCGCGUGGCUGAUACUAGCUCAAAAGUUUUAGUUGCUGGUGAUGUUAAUGCUGGCAAAAGUACAUUUGUUAAUGCCCUUCUUCGACGUAAUGUAAUGCCCGUAGAUCAGCAACCAUGUACUACUCUUUUCUGCGAGGUUUUAGAUGUUCAAGAAAAUUCUGGAAUUGAGGAGGUUCAUGCUAUAAAAAAUAUUGAAUCCUAUAAUCGGGAAGACCCUUCAACUUAUACUAAAAUUGAAUUAUUAAACCUUUUCGAUACGGUCAACAAUGGUACAGAUGAAUAUGCUCAAAUUAAGGUAUACUGUAAGGAUAGGCGAGAUGUACACCAGAGUCUCUUGCACAAUGGAGUCGUGGAUAUUGCUUUGAUUGACUGUCCAGGAUUGAAUAGAGAUACGCUCAAGACCACUGCUUUGUUCGCUAGGCAAGAAGAAAUCGAUGUUAUUAUAUUUGUUGUUAGUGCCGAAAACCAUUUCACUUUAUCGGCCAAAGAAUUUUUGUCGAAUGCAUCCAAUGAAAAAGCCUAUCUUUUCAUUGUUGUUAACCGUUUCGACAACAUACGUGAUAAAGAAAAAUGUAAGCGUCUCGUGUUGGACCAAAUUAAAGAAGUCUCCCCACGUACCUAUGAGCAUUCUGAAGAUUUAGUACAUUUUGUAACGUCUACCGCCAUUCCAAUUGUAAGCCAAGAAUUGAAUGACAAAAAUAACGUUUCGUCAGCAUCCAUUGAUAAGCAAAGGAUUGAUGAUUUUAAUCGUCUCGAAGAAUCUUUGCGUAACUUUGUUCUCAAAAAGAGAUCUAAAUCUAAGCUGUCUCCUGCUAGACAUUAUAUCGACAAUAUUUUAAAUGAUAUUGGUGUGCUAUCCGAAUUUAAUCGGGGAAUAGCGUCUCGUGAUGCCAAAAAGGCAUUUAGCGAACUUGAAUCUGGCAGAGAAGCAUUUGAACGACUUUGUAAUAAUGAAAAAUAUAUUACUUCGGAAGCCAAUAAAUGUGUUGACGAUACAUGUGAUUCUAUUAUGCUAUUCACCAAAAAACGGUUAGAAGAUUCUAUUUCCAACAUUGAUUCAUCAGCUAUGAAUAUAGAAUAUCGUGGCUUAAUUCAUGCGUGGGCAUAUGCCAACGAUGUUCGUGACGCUAUGCUUGAAGAGAUUUCGAAAGGGGUCUAUUCUUCCGAACAAAAAGCAAAGGAGGAAACUGUUAAUUGCAUUAAUAGAAUCCAAUCCAUGGCUGAAAAUUUAGGCGGAGAGCCUUGUAAAAUUGAUCUUGAAAGAAUGUAUAGGCAUGGAAACAUUAACUUAGUAUUAAUUUCUUGGGAAGAUGACAUAUCUUGUUGA